UCGUCUUCCAAUUCUAAUUUUCACUAUUUUCGAAACUUGUCGCAAGUCAAACACAUACCGAAAGUAACGCGACGCAGCCUUCGUAAAAUGUACGAACUCUUCGCGGUGGAGUAGGGACCCUUUUUGGCUUUAACUGGUGUAGAAAAGGCAACCGAGUCGAGUCGUACGGCCAAGGGAGAGAGCCGCCGGGGGAAGACCACGGCACAACCGCCGCGAGCGCCACGGGGAUUCGGGGGGCGAGAGGGAGCCUGCCGGGGCCCUCGACUGCUUUUUCUUGAUGCGCCCUGCCUGUUUCUUCGCCUCAGCCGCGCUCCGAGAUGGGAGAGACCAAAAUUAUCUACCACCUGGACGACCAGGAGACACCCUAUCUGGUGAAACUGUCUGUGCCGGCGGACAAAGUCACUUUGGCAGACUUCAAAAAUGUCCUCAAGAAACCCAAUUACAAGUUCUUCUUCAAAUCUAUGGACGAUGACUUCGGGGUGGUAAAAGAGGAAAUAUCUGACGACAAUGCAAAACUGCCCUGCUUUAAUGGACGUGUGGUGUCAUGGCUGGUGUCUGGAGACGGCGCCCACACAGAUGCAGGUUCAGUGGCAGACUUGGAAGCAGCGCCCCCUUUGGAGAGGACAGGCGGCAUUGGAGACUCUCGACCACCUUCUUAUCAUGGGAAAGCAGCAAGUGGUCGGGACAGUUUGGACAAUGACACGGAGACGGGCUCUACAGUGUCGCAAAGAAGAGAGCGUGAUAAGCCGAGACGGAAACACAGUGACCACGGUGGUAGGCAGAAUGGGUACUCGUCACGGCCGGCGGGGCGCGGAGGGGUGGAGUAUGACAGCUGCUCCUCUUUCAUGAGCAGCGAGCUGGAGUCCACUUCCUGCUUUGAUUCCGAGGAUGAUGACGCUACCAGCAGGUUUAGUAGCUCCACAGAACAGAGUUCCUCUCGUUUAAUGAGACGACACAGACGCCGCAGGCGGAAACCCAAAGCCUCCAAUCUGGACAGGUCGUCGUCAUUCAGCAGCAUCACAGACUCCACCAUGUCUCUCAACAUUAUUACGGUUACUCUCAACAUGGAGAAGUACAACUUCUUGGGCAUCAGUAUUGUGGGCCAGAGUAACGAGAGAGGAGAUGGCGGAAUCUACAUUGGCUCCAUCAUGAAGGGCGGAGCUGUGGCUGCCGACGGACGCAUUGAGCCUGGAGACAUGUUGUUGCAGGUGAACGACAUCAACUUUGAGAACAUGAGCAAUGAUGAUGCAGUUCGAGUACUAAGGGACAUCGUGCACAAGCCCGGUCCCAUAACUUUAACUGUGGCCAAGUGCUGGGACCCAAACCCACGGAGCUGCUUUGCUCUGCCGAGAAGUGAGCCAAUUCGACCCAUUGAUCCUGCUGCGUGGGUUUCACAUACUGCAGCAAUGACCGGGGUGUAUCCUGCUUACGGUAUGAGCCCCUCCAUGAGCACCGUCACUUCCACAAGCUCCUCCAUCAGCAGCUCCAUUCCAGAAACUGAACGAUUCGACGACUUCCAUCUCUCCAUUCACAGUGACAUGGCAACAGUUGCUAAGGCCAUGGCCUGUCCAGAGUCAGGCCUGGAAGUGCGAGACAGGAUGUGGCUCAAGAUCACCAUCGCUAAUGCCUUUAUUGGUUCUGAUGUGGUGGACUGGCUCUUCCAUCACGUGGAGGGCUUCACAGAUCGCAGAGAAGCCCGUAAAUACGCCAGCAACCUGCUGAAGGCUGGCUAUAUCCGACACACUGUCAACAAGAUCACCUUCUCUGAGCAGUGCUACUAUGUAUUUGGAGACCUCUGUGGCAAUAUGACGCAUCUGUCUCUCCAUGAACAUGAUGGCUCCAGUGGGGGUGCCUCAGAUCAGGACACGCUCCCCCCUCUGCCUCACCCUGGGGCAGCUCCCUGGCCUAUGCCUUUGCCCUACCAGUUCCCUAUCCCUCACCCCUAUGACCUGCCACAGCCCUUCCAUGGUGGGCCAGCUGCUGGCAGUGCUGGAAGCCAGCACAGCGAAAGCAGCGGUUCAAACUGCAGCAAAAAUGAGGGGCGGAAAUCUGGUGGCAGCGGGAGCGAACCCGAGAUCAGGAGCCACCGAGCUCCCAGCGAGCGCUCGGUGGCUCCCCCUAGCGAGCGAAGCGUCCGUAGCUCCGCGAGCCACCGCAGUGCCACCUCCCAUUCACUAGCCUAUGGACAAGGCCUCGUCUACGGCCCCCCCGGCUUGCCCCCGCUGCCGCCGCAUCUGCCUACAUCCGCCCCCGGCGCCCCCCCAGGCAGGGAGCUGACCUCGGCCCCUCCGGAGCUCACCGCGUCACGCCAGUCCCUGCGAAUGUCCGUGGGCAACACCGGCGAGUUCUUCGUCGACGUGAUGUGACUCUGGUUGUAGGGCGAGCGAAUGAAAACGUAGCAGAUCAGGCCCCCUCGUGUCCGAGGACAAUUGAGGUGAAGGUUGCGGCGGCUGCAUUCUGAGGCCUCGAUCCCAAAAGCAUGGAUGCCAGCAGUCCUGUUGUGUGUGCUGUGAGAAAAAAAUGUGUUCCGCCUCUUUUGUGCUUCUCUUUUUAGUAGUUGUGGCCCUACUUUCUUCAGUGAAGAAACACUUCCACCCCCGCCCUCUUUUUAUUCAAGAUGGAACCAAAGCGCCUGUCAGUUUCCGCCUCUUAGCAGGGAAGAUUUAGUGCAAGGACAAAGACACUAAGUAAGAGAGGGAGGGAAAUGGUGGAAACAGACAGAUGGGGAGGAUGACUCAGCGCUUUUCUACAUGAAUGUUUUUCUCUUUGCGCUUCCCUCCUGCCUGUCUUCCUUAUCUUACCAUUCUUGCCCCCCCCCCCUCCCACACACGAGUCCAGAACUGACUAACAAAACAGAACAAAAUCGUAUAGAACACUACUAACUGUUAAAGGUCCCCUUGCAUCGAUUAUUUUUUUUUUUUAAUCUUUGUCUUUUUAUCAGGUUUGCAAGAUCAUUUGGGCUGAAAUUCCCAGAAUUACCUUUUUUUAAGAUAUUCUAGCUGGUCUUUUUCGCCUGGCAGUUGAAACGUCUGUAUUUCUCAUGAAUAUGUACCAUGUAAAUAAUAAUAAUAAUAAUAAUAAAUAAUAAUCUGAUUGGAUGCUCAUCAUCUCAAUCUAAAUGUGGAAAACAGCUUCGCUCUGAUUGGCCGUUGGUGAAUGGCGAUACCUUGGUGGCUGGGCCAAGCAUUCAUAGCGAACUUGCGUUAAUUUCAUUCGACGUGGGGGGGUUCUUAUAGUAUUGUGAAGCAAAAUUGGACUGUUCGCCCGCUAUUAACGAGUCACAACUCUGCAGUGGACGUGUCACGUGGGUGGAGUAAAAGAGAAGAGGAUAUUUUGAAAGCGGAUCCCAUUUAAUCACUAUAGCAUAACUGGCUCACAGCAUUCAUCUGUCGCGCACUAUUGGAGACAGUGACCGCAGUUACAGUCAACAUUAUAAAUAUAGUUAAAUAUCGAUCUAACUCAAUACACAUAUUUUUAUAUACUGUAUUAGCAUAGUUUGUUGGCGGCUGCGCAGCCAGCUGGCUGACUCGCUCUGAACCUUAAAUGCACUUCCAACAGUCUGAAAGCUUAUUCUAUGAAGCCGUCCUCCAAACAGCAAAAUUCCGGUUAAAAAAUGCUUAGGAAUUUCUCCAAAAAUAAAUUGAAGCCAUUUAUUCCUCAACCUGUCUGAGUUUGGCUAGUGACACGUUGCCACUCAGCAAUUUUCCCCGAGAUGAGGAGGCAUGUAGCAACCACAAAAUGAACAGGUGCUUGAAAAAUAAGUUAAAUUUUGACGUCAUAAACUCACGGAAAUAUGAUCCGGUCGUUUUGUAAGCCUUAUGCGUUUAUCAUCUUUUGCAUUCAAUAAACAAACCACAGAACCAGGUCACAUACCCAUUUUGACAUACAUUUUGCAUAAAACAGUAGAAAAAAAUGGGAUUGAUGGAAGGGGACCUUUAACCAUGUUCCGACUUACAUGUUUGCUUGACUUAUAAGAGAAGAAGAGAAAAACCUAAGUCAAGAUAAUUUGGUCUGUCUUACUGUCAUAAUAUUUUAUCAUGUAUGUUGUUGGUCACAGCUAGUUUUAUUUUACAAUGCAAAACACAAGCCUGCAGUUCAAGAGUCCUUUAUGCACGACAUAAUUUCCAUCUCUUAACCCAAGCAUUUUUUUAGUUGGUCUUGUUCCCAUGUAUAGUGAUAAAAAUUCUUACCAUGUCUUUCACACUACUCUUUCAUCCAGGAAAUGCCUUUUUAUUUAUAAAUAUAGUUUUAUGACUUCA